AUGGAAAAUGACAACGUCAAUGGGAGCAUGAGAAGCUCCGCAUCGGAGGUGGAGGAGGCCGAACGAGCUGAACAGUUGGGCAUGUUUGACGAGGAGGAUCAGCAGGAUCAAUGGACCGGUGGAGUGACCCCGGAGCGAACAGAGCGAAUUGAGCUGGUGGAUGAAUCGCCUAUGGGCGUGGUGGGCUCGGGAGAAUAUGAUUACGAUGAGGAGGAGAUCACUGAUCCCGCGUGCCUGGAGGUGAACACAGAGACCUUUGACGAGUUCCGACUGUCCCCAGAGCAGGUUGCCAAGGUGCAGGGUGGCUUCGCUCAGCUUGUAGAGAACGCGGGCUCGCCGGAAGCAGCAGGCGACGCUGUUUACUCCACACUCUUCGAGGCAGCUCCGAGCCUUCAGUCGCUGUGGACCACACCCAGAGCUGUGCAAGGGAUGAAGUUCGCAGGCUCGCUCGCUCUGCUCAUCUCCAAGCUCGCAUAUCCAGAGGAGUUCAAGACACUUGUGGAUACCCUGGGGUUUCAGCACCUGACCACGGAGGUCACCAUUCCACGAAUUGAAGUCUUCCGAGAUGCACUUGUAGAGCUUUUCGCUGCAGAUCUAGGCGACCUUUUCACAAUGGAUGUUCGGAUCUCGCUGUGCCGCAUGUUCAACUACAUCGGCGGUGCUUUCAUCUACAUCCGCAACAACUAUUCCUCCCGCCUGAAGCUCAUCUCGCAUUGUUGGACGCUAGCCAACAGCCAGAAGAAUGAGCAGGAUGAAGACACGCAGGAAGAGAACGCAGAGUCCAAUCUGGAGCACAAAGACGCGGAAAAGGAAAAAGGCCAGGCAAGCCUCAAAUACAGUGACCCUGCUCCGGCCCGGGCUUUGAUGAGAAGUUUUGUUUGCGCAAUGAUCGCGAGGCAAUACAUGGCAUGCUUGUGCAGUUCAUUGCUCGAUAAAUUUAUCGCAUGA